AUGCAAACCAUCUCGAAAGCUUCUUCAGCUAUCUCCUUCUUUCGGUGUUCUAGGAAGCUAAGAACUCAGACGUGUGUUGUUACCCCAUGCGUGAGACAGCUUAACCUCAGAAAGGGUCUUGUGUGCAGAAUGAUGAAGAUGGUCUCUUCGCCUCUUAGGACUUUGCGUGGUGCUGGUAAAUCUAUCCGAGUGUCAAACUUCUGCAGUGUCUCCAAUGUCUCCUCAUUGCAAAUUGAACUGGUGCCUUGUCUUAAGGACAACUAUGCGUAUAUAUUACAUGACGAAGAUACUGGUACAGUUGGGGUGGUUGACCCUUCUGAAGCUGAACCUAUUAUAGAUUCGUUGCGGAGGAGUGGUCGAAAUCUAACAUACAUACUGAAUACACAUCAUCAUUAUGAUCACACUGGUGGGAACUUGGAAUUGAAAGAGAGGUACGGUGCAAAGGUGAUUGGCUCAGCGGCAGAUAGAGAACGGAUACCUGGAAUUGAUAUAGCCUUGAAGGAUGGUGACAAAUGGAUGUUUGCUGGUCAUGAAGUCCAUGUUAUAGAUACUCCUGGCCACACAAAAGGCCAUAUCAGCUUAUACUUUCCAGGGUCACGAGCUAUCUUCGCCGGGGACACCUUGUUUAGCCUAUCAUGUGGUAAACUCUUUGAAGGCACCCCUAAGCAGAUGCUUGCUUCUCUCCGAAAGAUCACAUCUCUACCAGAUGACACAAGCAUAUACUGUGGUCAUGAAUAUACACUGAGUAAUUCCAAGUUUGCGUUGUCUAUAGAGCCAAACAAUGAGGUACUCCAGUCUUAUGCAGCUCAUGUUGCAGAGCUCAGUAAGAAGAAAUUGCCUACGAUUCCGACAACAUUGAAGAUGGAGAAAGCUUGUAACCCGUUCCUCCGCAGUUCGAAUACAGAUAUUCGUCGGGCUUUAGGCAUUUCAGAGUCUGCAGGUGAAGCAGAAGCUUUAGGGAUAAUCCGAGAAGCAAAGGAUAAUUUCAAAGCUUAG